AUGGCCUUUGAUAAGUUUUCUUAUCAAAAAAAGCUUUCUAGUGAUUCAGAAGAGUACAAAGACUGUGUCUAUGGAAGCACAUAUUUCUUCAGGAAUGCCAUUGAAAUCUACAGCCUGCACAUUGACUGCAAAGUUAUGUCGCGGUAUGCCCACACAGUGAUCACCAGCAGAAUUGUCAACAGGGGAAAUGAAUCUAAGGAGGCUGUUUUCGAUGUGGAACUACCCAAGAAAGCCUUCAUCACAAACUUCAGCAUGACCAUAGAUGGAGAAACAUACCCUGGAAUAAUCAAGGAGAAACAGGCUGCUCAAACUCAGUAUGAUUCCGCCAUUUCACGAGGUCAAAGUGCUGGAUUGGUCAAAUCAGCUGGAAGAAAAUUGGAAGAGUUUAGUGUUUCAGUUAAUGUUGAAGCAGAAGGUAAAGUUAACUUUGAAUUGCAUUAUGAGCAACUACUCGAUCGUAAGCUAGGGAAAUAUGAAUUGAUCACCAAAGUCAAGCCCAAACAACUGGUGAAAGACUUUCAGAUUGAUACUCACAUCUUUGAGCCACAAGGCAUAGCCUUUUUAGAAACGGAAAGCAGCUUCUUGAGCAAUGAAAUGAAUGAUGCUCUCAUAAAGACACAGGAGGAGACCAAGGCUCAUAUUUCAUUUAAACCAACCUUAAGUCAACAAAGGAAAAACCCUGAGUCUGAAGAGACUCUUCUAGAUGGAAAUUUCAUCAUACGUUAUGAUGUUAAAAGGAAUGUUCCCGUAGGUGACAUACAGAUCGUGAAUGGUUAUUUUGUCCAUUAUUUUGCACCCAGGGAAAUGGCAGUAUUUCCCAAAAAUAUCAUCUUUGUUAUAGAUCAAAGUGGAUCUAUGAGUGGCAAUAAAAUUCAGCAGACUAAAGAAGCAUUGGGAAAGAUUUUGGAAGAUCUGGAUCCUAAAGACUAUUUUAAUUUAAUUGUCUUUAAUUGGCAUAGUUCAUACUGGAAACCCACUUUGUUGCAAGCCAGCGAGGAGAAUGUGGAAUCAGCUAAACAGUAUGUUCAAACUAUUCAGGCUGGUGGAGGAACGAAUAUUAAUGAAGCUCUUUUGACAGCCAUUAAUUCUCUGGAUCAAGCCACCCGUGAGGAGUCAUUGCCAGAAAAAAGCAUUUCGAUGAUCAUUUUGCUGACAGAUGGUGACCCCACUGUUGGUGUAACAAUCCCUAAACUAAUAUACAAAAACAUAAAGCAAGCCAAUCAAGGAAAGUAUUUCCUCUACUGCCUUGGCUUUGGAUUUGAUGUAAGCUAUAGUUUUCUGGAGAAGUUGGCCUUAGACAAUUCAGGAUUGGCUCGACGUAUAUAUGAGGACUCAGAUGCAGCCCUUCAGCUCCAGGACUUUUAUAGUGAAGUGGCUAUUCCCAUCCUGAAGGAGAUUAAUAUAAAUUACAUUGGCAAUGCUGUAGAGGAUGUCACUGAGAAUAACUUUAAGUUGCUCUAUGACGGUUCUGAAAUUGUAGUGGCUGGAAAACUUGACAAUGAAAUUGAUACUUUUUCCUUGGAAGUAAAAGCUCAGGCGCAUGGAAGCAAUUUGACCCUGAAAGAAAGUGCUAAUGUCAAAGAGAAAGCACAAGUUUUUGAACAUCAGAAAUACAUAUAUGGAAAUUUCAUUGAAAGUUUAUGGGCCUAUUUAACCAUUCAACAGCUAUUAGAAAAGUCGACUGUAGAUCCCCAUUUCCUUUUUCAACUACCUCAUGAAAAUUUUUUAGUUUGUGUAACUUUUAGUCGUCAGCCACAAACACCCUUAAAUCUGUUGUCUGAUCCAGAGAAAGGGAUCCAAGUGACUGGCAAGUUUGGUGAAAACAAGCAUUUUACACAGUUUGAAAUAAUUUAUCCGAAGCUUAACCUGGAAAUAAAUGUGUCAACAAAACAAAUUACGCUGAAAAGUAAUGGCUCCAGUGACUCUUUUGUGUGGAAUGACACAGAAUCUUUAACAAUUGAAGGGCUAAACAUUACACUGACAAGUGGAGAAAGUCUCUUUCUCUCAGGACCAGACAACAUCGUGACCAAAAUUUUCUAUACACCUCCUCCACUGGAUCGGCUUGGGUUGUACUUUGAGAAUAGCAAUUCUUUUUCUGAACAAGUUACUGGACUUUUUGGUCAGUUUUUCUCUAAUACAUAUUUUGAAAUACAUUCUGGUCAAGUAAGAUUCAUUUAUGUACAGGGACAGCUCUAUUUAUCCACCAGGACACGUGGGAAGGAUUAUAGAACUGGAUCUAGUCAAACUGAACUUUUCUGCUGGCCACUGCAAAUAAAAAAUUAA